AUGAGCACAAACGCACCCGACGAGGAGCGUGAGCCCCUUUUGGGCGAAGACGCUCACGCCGUCGACCCUGCCGACGAGCCGCUCGGCACUCGCCUCCGCACCGCCCUCAGCUCGCCCAAGCGGCUCACGGCCCUCGAGAAGGCUCUUGCCGCCCUCGCCGUCGUGUUCCUCCUGUCGACCGCCACCUUCGCCGGCCUGUUCGGAGGCGAGGCCGUCAAGUACGGCCGCCUCAAGCACCGCGUGUCGCGGCACCACCCCGGCGCCCCCGCUCCUGCUCCGACCUCGACCGUCACGGCGACCCGCACGACACACGUCCCAGGCCCGACCGGCGUCCCUCCUGCGCCGCCGGCCCCGCCGUCCGACCCCGACGAGCUGUGCCUCACGGGCGCGUGCGUCAAGGCCGCCGCCGGCAUCCUCGCGUCGCUCGACACGUCGUACGACCCGUGCGUCGACCCGUACCUGUUUGCCAACCGCGGCUGGCUCGACUCGCACCCGAUCCCGCGCGGCAAGGGCUCGUACGGCGCGUUCGAGGACAUCGACGCGCGCAACAAGCGCAUCGUGCGCGGCGUCCUCGAGCGCACGAGCGACAAGGGCGUCGACGGCGCCGAUGCGCGCAUCCUCGAGACGCUGCGCACGUUCUAUGGCUCGUGCUUCGACGAGGAGGCGCUCGAGAACAAGGGCAGCGAGCCGCUCCUCGAGGUCGUCGACGAGGUCGUCUCGCUGUGGCGCGGCGAGCAGCCCCUCGUCGACGAGGACGUCGUCGACCCAGAGGACGACGCCGAGUGGCUCCUCGAGAUCAACGGCGUCGCCCCGCUCAAGCACCACAAGAAGAAGAAGCACGACAAGCACGGCGGCGGCGGCGGCAAGUGGGACCCCAAGACGAGCCGCACGCGCCUCACCAACGCCCUCGCCUACCUGCACUCGCGCGGCGUCCCGGCCCUGUUCUCGACCUACACCGACAGCGACGUCGCCGUCAACUCGUCGUCCGUCGUCCUGUGGCUCACCCAAGACGGCCUCGGCCUCCCGUCCAAGGAGUACUACAAGAGCGCCGAGACGCUCGACUUUUACGAGAAGAACGUCGCCGACGUCCUCGCCGACGUGUACAAGCGCCGCGGCGAGAAGAACAUGGGCGACCUCGCGGCGUCGGUCGUCAAGUUCGAGAAGGCCAUCGCCAAGAUCUCGCUCGACCCCGAGGUCAUCGACAACCCGACUGGCGAGUACAACCCGCACAACGCGAGCAUGCUCGCGCACCUGUUCCCGUCCAUCUCGUUCGCCGACUACUUCGCGUCGUUCACGCCUCGCCCUCGCUUCCCCGACCCGGUCAUCGUGCGCGCCCCGACCUACAUGGGCAACCUGUCGGCGCUCCUCGAGCACACGGCGCCCGACGUCCUCGAGGCGUACUUUGUCGUCCAGAUCUCGCAGCAGCUCGCCCCACUCCUCGGCGCCAAGCAGCCGCUGCACAAGACGGUCCUCGCCCUGUCGAACCGCCUCAAGGGCCUCCCCGCCGACGUCUCGCCGCCGCGCGACGACACGUGCCUGAACGAGGUCGUCUCGGCGUUCGGCUUCGCGGUCGGGCGCUACUUUGUCGAGGAGGCGUUCGGCGGCGACAGCAAGGAGUACGCCGAGGAGGUCAUCCACGCCGUCAUCCAGGCGUUCAAGGACCGCCUCCCGGGCAGGACCUGGCUCGACGACGAGACGCGCGACAAGGCCCGCGAGAAGGUCGAGAUGAUUCGUGUCAAGGUCGGCUACCCUACCUCGCCGAACACGACCGACCCGACGUCGCUCGAGCGGUACUACGCGCCCAACAUGCCCAUCAACAAGGGCGACUACUUCGGCAACUCGCUCCGGGCCGUCGUCGCCGACGAGCGCCGCAAGUGGGUCGAGGUCGGCCGCCCUCAGGACCCCGGCAAGUGGGACAUGGCCGUUUCCGAGGUCAACGCUUAUUUCCAGCCUUCCGCAAAUGAAAUCGUCUUUCCGGCGGGCAUUCUCCAGAAGCCCUUCUUCUCGGUCGACUGGCCCGAGUACCUCGUCUUUGGCGCAUUUGGCUCGAUCGCCGGCCACGAGCUCACGCACAGCCUCGACCAAGCCGGGCGGCAGUACGACGGCAACGGCAAGCUCGUCGACUGGUGGGGUCCUGACACGAACAAGCGCUUCCUCGAGCGCCAGGCGUGCUUCGAGCGCCAGUACGGCAACUUUUCCAUCAUCGGCGCCGACGGCAAGAAGCACUACGUCAACUCGAAGUACACGGGCGGCGAGGACGGCGCCGACAGCGGCGGCAUCGCCGAGUCGUUCCAGGCGUGGUCGACGCGCGCGCACGCGGCCGACGCCGACCCGUCGCGCAACCAGCUCCUGCCCGGCCUGCAGCACUACUCGCGCGAGCAGCUCUUCUUCAUCGCGCAGGCGCAAGGGUGGGCGCGCGCCAUGACGCCCGCCGAGGCGCAGCGGCGCAUCGCCGUCGACCCGCACUCGCCGUCGAGAUUCCGCGUCCUGGGCCCGUUGAGCAACUCGCGCGAGUUCAGCGAGGCGUUCGGGUGCGCGGCCGACAGCCCGAUGAACCGCGGCGAGGAGCGGUGCGAGCUUUGGUGAGCCUCGAGGAGGAGCGAGACGGAGAGCUUGGAGAGGAAGGAGGGCGAGUCGUCGCGAGUUGGAGGCAGCUUUCACCCGAGCAGUUUGUACAGAAGAGGUUUGAGCUUG